AUGUCUCUCGAAGAUCCUUUUUUUGUAGUCCGAGGCGAGGUGCAGAAGGCGGUGAACACGGCCCGUGGGCUGUACCAGCGGUGGUGCGAGCUCCUGCAGGAGAGCGCGGUGGUCGGACGCGAGGAGCUGGACUGGACGACCAACGAGCUGCGGAAUGGCCUGCGCAGCAUCGAGUGGGACCUCGAAGACCUGGAGGAAACCAUUGAUAUCCUGGCGGGGGAAAUGAAGGACCAUAUGGUCAGCCCGGCAGCCGUAGCCUUCAUGGAGAGGAAUAACAGGGAGAUGGUGACAGGCAAGCCGGCUACCCUGAAGUCCUCCAGCGACUUGCUGGAUGCCAGUGUGGUCUCGACCACCUCUCGCUACAUUGAAGAGCAGCAGGCCACACAGCAGCUGAUCCUGGACCAGCAGGAUCAACAGCUGGAAAUGGUGUCUGGGAGCAUCUCAGUUCUGAAACACAUGUCCGGCCGCGUUGGGGAGGAGCUGGACGAGCAGGGCAUUAUGCUGGACGCCUUUGCUCAGGAGAUGGACCACACCCAGUCCCGGAUGGAUGGGGUCCUUAGGAAGAUGGCCAAAAUAUCCCACAUGACCAGUGACCGCCGACAGUGGUGUGCCAUCGCGGUGCUGCUGGGGGUGCUGCUCCUGGUCCUCAUCCUCUUCUUCUCUCUCUGA